CGGCCCCCCCCGCCCCGCCGCACCCACCCCCAUGCCGACGCCCCCGCACCCACACCCACACCCACACCCACACCCACACCCACACACCCACACCCACACCCACACCCACCCACACCCAACCAUUAAAUGUACCUUCAUGGGUUGAUCUUGCUUUAGUAUGGCCUAGUUAUUCAUUGUCAAUGUUACGUCCACUAGUUUAUAUUAAAUAUAAUCGAGAAUUUCGAACAUCAUUUCAUGAAAUAAUUUGUUGUCGUUGUAAAGGUUUAAAUGAAAAAAUUCAACAACAAGAAUAUGUAAAAAAUUUAUAUAAACAAAAUCAAUUACAACCAACAACAUUACCUUAUAUAACAUCAUCUACAAGAAAUAGUGACAAUCUUGAAGCAACUAUAUGA